UAUGGCAGAUGAGAUCCAGAUCGUCAUGAGCAAAAAACGACGACUCAUCGAUCAAUAACAGCUUUGUAACUUCUUAAAUAGAUAGAAAUAAUGGCACAGUGCAAACAGAAUGCACAAGAGUUUGUGCAAAAUACGUUUAAUCCACAUGUUGCUGUGUUAUGCAGCCGUGAUGCGGAAGUCCUAUGUCAGAAAAAUAAUUUGACAUUUGUGGAACUUGUUCAACCUUUUUGUCGGUUAACGUCAGAAGUUCACAUACGGGAUCCAAACAAUGUUCCUCACACAAUACGACAUUUAAAAAUCACCAUGAGAGAUAUGUCGGCAACUUUGCCGCAGCAGUCAGUUGCAAAGAAAAUCCUAAAUGACAUUGUAGCAGGAGCACAACCACAGCUGGUAGAGGGAAACAGAGGGAAUGUGGUAUCCGUUGGCAACUAUGAUUUACAAUUAACAUCUACAACACCAUGGUUUGAAGCAUACAGAGAAAAGUUUCUGCAGAUGCUACCACCAAGUGACCAUGAAUUUCUCAACCAUUGUUUAGGAUGUGUAUUUGUUGUUUCAUCAGGGCAUUCAGAUCCACUGAGCAUGUUCAACAGUCUGGUGAACCAGCAAUCUACACAACAGACCCAGAAUCCCAGUAAAAUCCCACGCUGGUUUUGUCCUGGCACACUACGAUACUAUGUCUUGCUUCAUGAUGUCAUUGAAGGAGAGGAUGCAAAAGCUGAUGCUAUUUACCAAAGUAUGAAGUCUACUUACGGAGCAAAUGUGUGCCAUCUGUUGAACAUCAACUCCAGAAGUAUCCAUACAGCUGAGAGUCUAAAGACAGACAAUAACUUGCCUGAUCCAUGGAGUCAGUUCCUUAACAAAAGUAACACUGAACAACCUGUGGAAGGUGCUGAUUAUGAUAUAGCCAAUGGUAGUGGUGCUGAUGAUGCUGGGUUUCCUAGUAAAGUUUUGGAAGGAAAUAUUGAUCAGACUAGUGUCACAGACAGUAUGAUGGCUGACUUGUCAGACACUGGUGAUGCAGCUUCUUCAGGAUCCAGUGAUUUAUUUGACCAUCCACUGUCAUUGAUGGACCAUUCUUCAAACUCUACCAAUCAUAUUGAUGAUCAGCUGUCACCUGAUGGCACUUCAUCACCUGAAUCAAGUCACAAUUACUCUUAUUCAAAAAACAAAUCAUCAGAUAAAAACAAACCAUCUUCAGGACACGGAAUGUGCUUGACAACCAGUGAUCAGGAUAGACUUAAAAUAUUUAUUCAUGAAUUUUGUGUUAGAGCUUUGAUUCCAUGGGCUGAAAAGCAUAUGAGGAUUCUAAAUGAUCAGCUUACAUCAAGAAAGGGCAUCCACAGGUCAUUAUUUAGUGCUACAAAGAAAUGGUUUGGUGGAAACAAACCUGUCAACCAAGCUGCCACAAAUCAGAACACUACUGUUGUAUACACAACAGAAGCACCUGAGCUACAGAUGAGAAGACUGGCAGAUUUAGCCUUCCUUUUCCAGAUGUAUGAUUUUGCCUACAGAACAUACCAUACGGCAAAGAGAGAUUUUAAUAAUGACCAUGCAUGGCUUCAUUAUGCUGGAGCUUUGGAAAUGGCAUGUAUAGCUAUGUUCAUGGAUCCACAAGAACAAAAGUAUCCUUUCCAUUAUAUGGAGAGUGCCAUACAGACUUACCUACAGACUUGCAAAAAUCCCCUAUAUGCUGCUAGAGCCACAGUUGUUAGUACAGAAGCUUUAAAGAGUCGAAGGAUGUACCACGAAGCUGCUUUACAGUUCAUAAAGUUAACUAGUGAGGAUUCAGACUUGAGAAGUGCCUUACUGCUAGAACAAGCUGCUCAUUGUUACAUUAACAUGGAAGUUCCCAAAGUCAGAAAGUAUUCAUUCCACAUGAUAUUAGCUGGUCACCGGUUUAGUAAAGCUGGACAGCGUAAACAUUCCUUACGGUCAUAUUCCCAAGCAUUACAAGUUUACAAAGGAAAAGGAUGGGCAUUAGCUGAGGAUCACAUUAAUUUUACUCUUGGUAGACAGUCUUUCAACUUAAAACAUUUGGAGAAUGCUACUGCUGCUUUCAAGCACUUACUGACCGAAAACAGUAAGCAGACUGCUGGUCAGCAAGGAGCCUUCUUCAGAGAGUACCUUUUUGUAUACAAGCAAUUACUUACCCAAGAAGCAGGAGAACUGGGUGUACAUUCUGGACCAUUACCUGAAUUACCAUUACCAAUUGUUGACUCCAACGAAACUAAAGUAUUAUUAGGCAGUAGGCCUCAACCUAGUCAAGUAUCUGACAAAGUAGCUGUGUCAGGUGUAUGGUUCGAUCACAGUGAAUGUAACCACCCACGAUGGACUCAGAUGGAAGAGGGGCUAGUGUCCUCCGCUAAUAAAGGAUUCCUUCCACCAACAUUCCGACCAACACUGCAAGUCUUCACAAAUAAAACCAACAACAAAUAUAAUCCAGUUGGUUUUGUAGGUGAAUCAAUAGUUGUUGAAGCACAGCUAGUUAACCCAUUGAAAGUGAUGUUAAUGUUGACGGAGGUGUCCCUAUUGUGGACAUUCUUACCAUCAUUACUAGGAACAGAGAAACCACAGCUGAUUACCAAUGAAGUUCUUUCUAAUGUUAAGAACACCUUAGCUAAUGAAAUCAUCUACACUCAAGUAAUAGAUAGUGUUACUCUCCAAGCUAAUGAACAGUUACCAGUGCAGUUGGUGCUUGUCCCUCACCAGACUGGAGAACUUAGGAUAGUUGGACUUGCAUUCCAUUUAGGAACAGCACAGACUGAAGGACCCAAGUCUUCCAAUACUUUAUAUGUUCGUGGUAAACAAAAACUUGAAGUUCAAGGACCUCGGUUAAAUAAUUCAAAAGAGGAAAAGGCCAGUAAAAUGUAUGGACCUGAUCGUAGAUUAGAUUUAGUUAUUCAACAGGAAAUGCCACAAUUACAAGUGUCGUUUUGUAAUUUCCCACAGACGUUAUUGUGUGGUGAGGUACAUGCCAUCAUGUUACAGUUUACAAACAUUGGUACUAGUCCUUUACACAAACUCAAAGUAGGAUCAUCCACUCCAGAAUUUUUUACGUUAGGAUCUCACGGUGAAAUACCCAAAUUCCCAACUGUGUAUCAAGAGUCGUCUGAAGUGCCAAAUAAAAGCUCAUCUUGUGAAUUUAAUUCCAAAAUGACAAACAAUAAGUCAUGUGUCGUGGACAUUGCUCUUCCAAAUGGUGUGUUACAACCAAAAAAUACAUUAUCUGUGCCAGCCUGGAUACGGGGGAAUGAUAUAGGAGGAGUGCACGAAACACAUUUUAUGUUUUAUUAUGAACCUAUUCAUUCAACACCAAAGCCAAGAUACAGACUGUUAAGACAUACUGCUGUGAUAAACACUUUAGAAUCCCUCAGUGUGAGAGCUGUAGCCAGAAGGGGAAAUAACUCAUCACAGACAGGGGGCACAACUGGUUCCUGUGUUGUUUUCUGUGAAUUGGAAAACUUGAGCCAGGUCCAAGCACAAAGAGCCCAUGUUAAAGAAGUACAAAUUAACCAAGUCUCCUGUGCCAGUGAUAAAUGGACAAUACAACACCUCAGUUCACAACAACAAAAAUCAGAAAUACAAGUGGGCAGUAGAGAAACUAUGCAAAUAUGUUUAAAAGCAAUAAGAAGUCCUACCAAUAUAGAAUCAAUAAAAGGGAAAGACUGUGUAUUAUUUAGUGAUGUUUCCUUUGACAAUCAACAGAUUUGUAGCUCAUUAACACCUUGUGCUGACUUCUACUUCUGCUCCAAGGCCAAAUUAUCCUCUGAUGAUACUCUAGGUAACACUGCUGGGGAAUUUAGUGAUCUGAAAUGUGCAAUACAGAUAGGAUUAACACUAGUAAUAAUAUGGAAGGCAUUUGUGAUUAAUGAUACUGGUGAGGUACAGAUAAGAGUGGGACAGCACCAUGUACAUAUAGAAAAGAUUGACACUAUAUUUACUUCUUAUCCAAUAAAAGAUGAUUCAGACACAUUUUGUCAGGGAUUAACUCUGAUAAAACCUGACCCACCACCUUUAAAGUUUAUAAAAACUGAAGAAGAUGAAGAUGAAAACAAAAAAUUAGACUCCGAAGUAACUACACAACUGGUGGAUAUUAGUUUUAGCCAUAAAAGUAACAUAACACACAAUUUCAGGUCAUCAAGAGUGUGUAUUGUACCUGUGGUUGUGAUGUUACACAACUGUUCCAAAGUUCCUGUGGAGGUCUUAAUAGACACCAGUAAAUCACCUGACAGACUUAAUUCCCGACCAGAAAAUCUUUUCACAAACCAAGCCUACCCUAGUCACAGUAGCUGUUUUAAUUGGGUGAGCCAGACUAUGACACAACUGAAAAUAGAACCUAAUCAACAGAAACCUGUCAGAUUGUCAGCAGGCUUCAGUAAACCAGGGAUAUUUAACCUCAAUAGACUAUCAGUGUUUGUGACCUACAUGUCAGACUCUAGUCAGAUGGUGCUGCAAAAACAUAACUCUCCGAGUGUCAUUGUCGUCAAUGAUGUAUCAUGAUAUUGUUCCAUUGUUAUGUAAUGCUUGUUAUUUGUGUAACAGUCGUAUGCUUUUAUUAGUGAUAUACAUUAUUAUAUAAGAUUGCCCUGCUUCAAGAGUGAAAAGGUAUUGAUAUUGGGAAGACUCUUUACAUGUUAGUUUUGUAGAAAGGGGGAGGUAUUUUAUUGACAAAGAAUUAAAGUGCACACUAAUUUUUAGACUGAUUUCAUUAGAAUUGUAUAUUAAGUGUCAAGUAAGAUUUCUUGGCUUCUGUGGAUUUUUGCUACCCAUGAGAGCCUUAAAAUUAAAUACCCUAUGAGUGAAUUUCAUUCACACUUCUUUUCAUGAUAUGUAAACAGUUGCUUAAAAUGUAAUGUUUGAUGGCUGUUCCCCCUCUUUUGGAUAAUAUUUACUUAAUUUAUUUAUGACAAGCUAAAGAUGAUAUGCAUUUUGUGUGCCUACCAUUAAAAGUUAUUAUAUGCAUAUUAUAAACAGAGUUCAAUAUAUAAAGAAUGCAAUAAUAAAAACAAUUCAGGCCUUUUUUCGUCCAGUGUAGAAAUUGAAAGGUGACAACUUCUUUUCAAAAUGCCAUUGUCCAAAUCGAACAAACUCAGUUUGGAUGUCCUGACCUGAAUUUGUGAUUUAUUUACUAAUGUUUAAGAUGGCCACUUAUAUGAAACCAUGUAGCCAACUGAGUUCUAUUUUAUGAAUAUGCCACUUGAAAACUUGUUAUUUUGGUACCAAUCUAAAAAAUAAGAAGGCCAACAACAUUGAAACAUCCUUCAACAUUGGCCCAAAUAAAAACUACAUGUGAGCAGCUAGCUUCUUUGAGGAAACAAUUUCAGAGAUUAUGGAUGAUAAGGUUUUCUGGAUCAUGUACAUGUAACAAGAUAUUAGAACUCAAUCAGAAAGCUCUUCAAAGCAAUAAUUUAGUUUUAUCAAAUAUGGUCAUUGAUAAUUUUAUGCUGGUAUUAGUGAAACCCAAUAUAAAAGCUAUGCCAUAAAGAAAAAUAUUUUCUGCAGUUUUGUCUUUUAGAGAUACAAUGAACACUCCUCAACUAAAAGUAGAAUUGCUUACGAUUGCUAUUAUUUUAUUUUUUGGGAAUGAAAAUGGUAAAGUUUGUGCAAUCAAAAGCAAGAAAAGAACUUGGCAAAGGGAAUUCAAAUAUUUUUGACUCAGUUUUUUUUGUUGUUGAAACAAUAGUACAGAAAGGAAAAACUGAAAUAUCAGUACAGAAAGGAAAAACUGAAAUAUCAGUACAGAAAGGAAAAACUGAAAUAUCAGUACAGAAAGGAAAAACUGAAACAUCAGUACAGAAAGGAAAAACUGAAAUAUCAGUACAGAAAGGAAAAACUGAAAUAUCAGUACAGAAAGGAAAAACUGAAAUAUCAGUACAGAAAGGAAAAACUGAAAUAUCAGUACAGAAAGGAAAAACUGAAAUAUCAGUACAGAAAGGAAAAACUGAAAUAUCAGUACAGAAAGGAAAAACUGAAACAUCAGUACAGAAAGGAAAAACUGAAAUAUCAGUACAGAAAGGAAAAACUGAAAUAUCAGUACAGAAAGGAACAACUGAAAUAUCAGUACAGAAAGGAAAAACUGAAAUAUCAGUACAGAAAGGAACAAUCUAAAUAAAGACAUGACAUGCAGUCAGCAGAAAACUAGCUACUAGUAGUCCCUUUUCAGCAUGUUUGAUAGCUGUAUUUACCUGUGUGAAAUAUUUAAUACUGAAUUGUUUGGAAAUGACUGAACAUACAUGAAUUGAUUACAGGAAUUUAAAGAAAAUCUGAUAAAUUUUUUUUUAUGUACAAAAAAAUGAUCCAAUUAUCCUUUUUCUGCUAAACAUUUCAGUCUCAGAUUGUGUUUCGAUCAAUAUUGUCAUUUUAGACUUUAUUGUGCAAUCUGGCGGAGAAAUAAAAAACAAAUAUGCUGGAAUAGUGUUAGAAAAUUGUUGAUAUGAGUCAUUUUAAUAUUCUUUUUUCUCUACAAUAUAAGAGAUUUGAAAUCUGUGAUACUUUGUUAUUUUGCAUUUUAUUGACUGUGUUCAUGAUACUUUGAUGGUGGUAUUAGUACAUCAGUGUUUAAUGUUGUAUGUUAAGGAAGUUAUGUUUUAAUCAUUAGAUCAAUCAAUAACACAGAGGUUUCUCAGGAAGCAUAUUAACAAAUAUAACUUAAUAUUAUAUCUGUUUCUGCUCAAAGGAAGACCACUUCAAUUAGUGAAAAAAUAAUGAAAUGUUUCAAUAUCCAUAAUAAUUGCAUUUAAUGUAUGUUAGAUAAGUCUGAUAAAUAAAUAAAAAAUAUGUUAAGGUUCUUGUUGAGAAACCUCUGAAAUGAAUGAGAAAAUAUUUGAACUAAUGUUAUAUUGGUUUGGAAAAAAAAGUGCUGGAAAAAAAAAUGAUAAAUUAUAUAUGAGCUGGGUCGUAUAGAAAUCAACCUUAUGUAAAUAAAUAUCAAUACAUCUGCUAACCUAUUUCUGGUUAUAAAAAUCUCUUAUGAAAAGUCUGUAACUGUAAUUUGAGUUGUUAUAAGAACCCCACAAAACAGACCAAAAUUCAUCUUUUAUUUCGUAUUUGAAUGUUUUAAAAUUUACCAAUGUCUUACACAUGUACAUGUAUAUGUACUCUUGCAUAUGGACAAUUUAUAUCCGACAUGGCUCAUAUACUAAAUAAUAUGAUUUGAUAUUCUGUUUUGAGGAAAGGUAAACUUUUGAACAAUUUUGUACUGGUUAUGAUUCAAACAUUAUUACACAAAAAAUGUAAUACUUAGCUCUAAUAAAAAAAAAAAAUAUCACAAAAUAAAAAUAUCUUUAUAAGUAAAUACGUUUUUCUAAACGCAAGUGAGAGAAAUCCUUUGUAAUUAUGGCAAACAAUAGUUUUUGUGUUAGAAACCUGAGCACACACUAUACAUGUUUCAAAGUUGUAUUAACAAAAUCACUUGUUUUGUCUUUGUAACAACACCUUUACAAACAGGCAUAUUAAUCUUUCAGUGGUCAUCAUGAUAUUCUUUGAGUGUAUUAAUUCAUGGAAGAUACAUUGCCAUUGUGUUCAGAGUGUUUGAUCAGCAUAAUUCAGGGCUUAUUUCAAAGUGAUUUGUGCUUAAAGAAAUAGCACAUGAUGAAUGUUGUGUUGGUUUAAUUUUAACAUUUAGUACAUCAUUUUAGUCUGUCUGAAACAUUUGAUGUGUUGUUAGGUAAGGUAAAAGUUAGGAUUUUAUUGUCGAGCCUGCGACUGUUGUCGCAGAAAGCUCGACAUAGGGAUAGUGAUCCGGUGGCGGCGGCGGCGUUAUCUAACUUCUUAAAAGCUUUAUAUUUUAGAAGGUGGAAGAUCUGGAUGCUUCAUACUUUGUAUAUGGAUGCCUCAUGUUAGGAAGUUUCGGUCAGUCACAUGUCCAAUGUCCUUGACCUCAUUUUCAUGGUUCAGUGACUACUUGAAAAAAAAGUUAAGAUUUUUUGUAAUGUUAAAUUCUCUCUUAUUAUAAGUAAUAGGAUAACUAUAUUUGGUAUGUGCGUACCUUGCAAGGUCCUCAUGCCCGUCAGACAGUUUUCACUUGACCUCGACCUCAUUUUAUGGAUCAGUGAACAAGGUUAAGUUUUGGUGGUCAAGUCCAUAUCUCAGAUACUAUAAGCAAUAGGUCAAGUAUAUUCGGUGUAUGGAAGGACUGUAAGGUGUACAUGUCCAACUGGCAGGUGUCAUCUGACCUUGACCUCAUUUUCAUGGUUCAGUGGUUAUAGUUAAGUUUUUGUGUUUUGGUCUGUUUUUCUUAUACUGUAUGCAAUAGGUCUACUAUAUUUGGUGUAUGGAAUGAUUGUAAGGUGUACAUGUCUAGCUGGCAGGUGUCAUCUGACCUUGACCUCAUUUUCAUGGUUCAGUGGUCAAAGUUAAGUUUUUGAGUUUUGGUCUUUUUUUCUAAUACUAUAUGUAAUAGUUCAACUAUAUUUGGUGUAUGGAAAUAUUUUAUGAUCUAUAUGUCAGUCAGGCAGGUUUUAUUUGACCUUGACCUCAUUUUCAAGGUGCAUUGCUCAGUGUUUAGUUUUUGUGUUUUGGUCUGUUUUUCUUAUACUGUAUGCAAUAGGUCUACUAUAUUUGGUGUAUGGAAUGAUUGUAAGGUGUACAUGUCUAGCUGGCAGGUGUCAUCUGACCUUGACCUCAUUUUCAUGGAUCAGUGGUUAAAGUUAAGUUUUUGAGAUUUUGUCUUUUUUUCUAAUACUAUAUGCAAUAGUUCAACUAUAUUUGGUGUAUGGAAAUAUUUUAUGAUCUAUAUGUCAGUCAGGCAGGUUUUAUUUGACCUUGACCUCAUUUUCAAGGUUCAUUGCUCAGUGUUAAGUUUAUGUGUUUUGGUCUGUUUUUCUUAAACUAUAAACAAUAGGUCAACUAUAUUUGUUGUAUGGAAGAAUUGUUAGCUGUACAUGCCUGCCUAGCAUGGUUCAUCUGACCUUAACCUCAUUUUCAUGGUUCAUUGGUCAAUGUUUAGUUUACUUGGUUAAUGUUAAGUUUAUGUGACAGUUGUAAUAAAGCUUUAUAUUUAGGACUAUCAACAUAAUAUAAAUGAUUAGUAAAGAAGGCGAGACAUUUCAACGUGUGCACUCUUGUGAUGAUUAGAAAUGCUUCUUUUUUUCAAUGUUUCAAAACAGUUAAUUAAAAUUAGGAUCCAGGUAAUGAAAACAUACUUUUCCUCACAUUUGUACCCCUAUACGAUAUAGAUUGAAACCUGUGGAAAAGGAUCUACUUCCUGUCAAAAUCUGUUUUCCAAUUAGACAGGCAUCCUGGAUUUUAUGUUUUUCUGUUUUAUUCACAAAUUGAAAUACUAUCAAAGAACAAUAAAAGAUUCUUGAAAGAAGGAAAGUUUGCAUGGAUGAAACUAGAACAAAAAAGAAGUUUUCACUAUAUUUAAAUAGUUUAAAUAAUGGUUCAACAUGCAAUUAAGAUGGGUACAAAUGUGAGAUUAUCCUUGUUUCCUUUUACCCCAUCUCUUACAUUGUAUCAAAUUAUUUAUUUAAUUUUGAACCUUUUAUAUUAGUAUUUUAGAUAUUUAUAGUAACUGUUGUUAGACAACAGACAUUGACAGGUUGGUGAGGGUUUAAAAACUUAAAUAACUUGUGUGUUCUAUGACCCAGCAUUCUAGUGGAAUCAGAUUCAAUUUUCUGUCAUUUCAUCUAUAGGAAUUAUUAAUUUCUAUUUAAACUUUUAAGUUUUUAAAAUAUUUUUUUAUCACAUUGAUAUUGUAAAUUCUAUAAGCUUUAAGCUCCUCCCAUUUUGAAGUGCUGUUAUUUGUUAGCUCCUCCCAUUUUAAAGUAUAAUGUAUUAUGUGACCCAUUCACCUUGGAAAGUGGUUUUUGUUUUAACAGGUUUGAUGGUUGUCAAAUUAUGUUUUGAAAUUGUGUGAUUUUUUUCAAAAGAAGCACGAACAUUCCAAACUUUUGAUAUUGCACUUGUGUGGUGAUAUCAUCUAUAUUUGUCCUGAUGUCAUUUGUUCCCUAAGAGACAGCAAAAUUCAUUUGAUAAAAAUAAAAUAGAAAUUAGAAAAGUUUAUAGAACAAAAUGGAUGAAUAUUUCCACAUGACAAAAUUUUAAAGCAGAGGUGAAAAAAUUGAAAACAACACUAUAAAAUCUCAUGCGUCUGAAGUGCUUUUCUGUUUAGAAAAAAAUCAGGAAAAGCCACUUUCCAUUGAUUACAUGGGUUGCACAGAAAUAGUUUUCAUUGAGAUGUUGUUAAUAUUGUUUGUUUUGCAUUCCAGGGUACCAUGUUUUGUUAAUGUAUACUGCAAUAAGCAGAUUAAAGGUUGAAAAUUGUACAUAUAAUCAUUAAUAUAACAUUUCUGUACAUAAUCAUUAAAUGUAAAUUGUGAUCAUUAAUAUAGACCAUGAUCAUUAAUGUAGAAUCAUGUAUUUAUUAUGUCAGUGUCUGUGAUUUAAUCAACAAAUUUCAAAUAAAACAAAUAUGUAUCUUA